AAAUGUUAUAAGCUAUGCGAAACGGCAUAAUAAUGCACAUGUAGUCAGGCUACACUACAACUACAACACAAAUCACAUGAUAAGUAAAUCACGUGAUAACGUGUAAGGUGACAAUCACGACGGAAUUUUCUUUAAGUAAACUUCCUUGUCCAGUUCACACAGUACAACUGACAACAUCAAGUGAAAUGGCUUUUAUUAAAUUCCUUAGUUGUCUUGCCUUCCUGACAUUUGUCGCAUGUUACAAACCUAUUCAGAUGCAUCAACAAUUAUGUGCUCUUGAUUUUCAUGACUGCGGUAAUUGUAAAAAAAAAAAAAAAAAGUAUUGUCAUUAGUCAUUAGGCUUAAUAAUUUAAUUAAUGGCUUUUAUUAAAUUCCUUAGUUGUCUUGCCUUCCUGACAUUUGUCGCAUGUUACAAACCUAUUCAAAUGCAUCAACAAUUAUGUGCUCUUGAUUUUCAUGACUGCGGUAAUUGUAAAAAAAAAAAAAAAAAGUAUUGUCAUUAGUCAUUAGGCUUAAUAAUUUAAUAAUUUUAAUGUAAUUUAUUGUCGAAUAAUACUUUUAAUAAUAAUACUUUAUAACUAUAAUUUUUUUACUAACUUAUUCAAUGAAUCAUAAUGUAUUGUUUGGUUAUUGUUUUAUUGUUGAGUGUAAUUGAGUUUGGUCCAUGACUGUAUGACUGUAUGGUCAACAGAUUUUGAACUUGAUUGCUGUCAAUUGCCAGUUCCAUUUUAUUCUAGGAAAUUGCCAUCACAUUGUCAUUGUCAAUUUACCAGUUAUCAAUUAAUAUCAAAAUAUUUGCGCUUCACAUUAAGAUAAUUUAUAUUUUUCUUUUAUUUCUAUUAGGCUCCACUGCAGGUGCUCUAAAAAGUGUUUCGUUCAAUGGGACUUGUAAUGGAGGAAAAGCAAUUCUUCUAAAAGGGACCACUGUUAGCAUUGACUUUUCAUUUUCUGCUAGUAAGUGGUUUUGUAAGGAUCUUUGUUUGAAAAUACUUGAUAGUUUUAAUGUUUAUAGUUUAUGCAACAUUAAAAUAGUUCUUGACCUCUAAAGUGAAAAAAAACAACCCCCCAGAUAACUGAUCCAUACUUACACUGGAAAACAUCUGUCACAGAACGGUUGUUACAGAGCAGGGCUCCGGUCCUGACUUAUAACCAACUGUAUUGAUGUAGUAGCGUUCAGUACAGGACCCCUCCUCUCUGUGAUUUAUAUGGUGCGUAUCUAGGCAUUGAGACAGACAAAAGCACAACGUAGACUUGAACGAAGUGCAACAACUCAAACUCCAGGUGUCCAACGAUAAUCAAAGUGUGUUUAUUUCUAAGAUAUAAGUUCUUCUAGUCAUCUGUCGUCUCCUGGUCUCUAGCAACUAUUCCCUAACAACUGCUCAAUUCUAUCGUAGCUCUUUUCUCUCUCUUCCUCAACUAACGUCGUAACUCUCUUCCCUCUUCCUCAACUGACUCGUAGCUCUUCUCUAUCUUCCUCAACUGCCUACUGUCGCUCCUUUCCCUCUUCCUCAACUAACUUUAACUCCGUGAAAGCUCUAUCUUAUAUGUGAUUCUCUACCCCCAUAGGUGGUCCAGGAAUGCUAUCUAUAAACACACACCUGCCCCCUAAUUUCCGGUUAAUUAGAACUUCCCGUUGUUAACCCAAAAGUUAUCAUGCAAAGUCAUGGAAAGAAACCAUCCCCUCUAUCUCCAAGAUGCGAAAAUAUAUUAACCUUAAUUUACCCCCAUAACAAUGGCGUCCCUAAACUAACUGCAGUUUCCGUCCAUCCAAAAAGUUAUCUUAACCACAAUGGAGCUCUGUCCUGUACCCCCACCCCAGUCAUUUGUGACAACAUCAAGUAAUAAAAGCAUCAUAAAGUAAAAAAACAAAUAAAGAAUUGAAUAACAUUUUUUUUGCUAUGAGUUUUCUUAAUAAUAUUUAUUUUAUAGAUGCAGAUGAAUUGGAGUUGACUUCUAAAGUUUAUGGCAAAAUUGGGGAACUUCCUUUUGUCAAGUUUCCACUGGACAACCCCAAUGCCUGUGUUUCUUCAGGACUAACAUGUCCUAUCAAAGCAUCUGUUGCACAGGAUUAUCAGCCAACAUUGACAAUUCUCAAGGCUUACCCAUCUGUAAGUAAAGCAGGGUAUUAUCUAUUAAAGUUUUUCUCUCCAGAUGUAUAAGGGGCCAUCCAUAAUUGAUGCCAUGCAUCUUGGGUGGGGGAUGGGGUGGGGGGAGGGCAUAAGCAAUAUAACGCGCAUGGAAAGCGAAAUAUAGUAAAGAAUUGCACUUAAUAACCCUAAAUUACAGACAUUUUUAACAUUAUUCUUUUAUACAAUUAAAAUUAUUUUAUUUUUAAACUAUGAUCACUGAGAGUAUCAGUACAGGUAGGCAAGGUCCGAAAAAUGGCCUCUGAUUAAGUUACAGGAUGCCACGGAGGGGGAGAAAAUGGUUGUAGUGACAUUGGCAGUUGAGAGAAUUUAUUUCAAAAUGUGGAGACAGGAGUCAUAGAAUAAGGACUACCACGUGAAGUGGGAUGGAAUGGAAAAAAUGGUUUACCUGGUGGAGGUGGGAGGGUAUUCUUAGUAAAUGCUCUAGGGCAGGGAUUCUUAACCUUUUUCCAGCACUGCAGUCCCAAUCCGUUUUAAACAUUCCCCCUAACUAUAUAAAUUAUAUUGUAAUAAAAUUUAAAAUAUGAAAAUAUUUAAAUAAUUUAGUUAUUGUAGUUUUAUUUCUUUAAUUAGCUUUCUAUAAACAAGGAAAAAUUUGUCAAUAGAAAUAAUGCGCAAACAAAUCUCACCAGAAAAAGAAUUACUUCUGCUAAUCAAAAUGCAUAAAAACUGAUUUAAAAAGAAUAAAUCAGCAACAACUAGCAAUGGCAGCAAAUACAAUUUUCUGAUCUUCCGCAUCUCCGGGCUGGAGAGGUACUUUUACUCCUGGUUAAGAACCACUGUUUUAGUGAAAUGUUUCUGACACAGGUGCAGUAAUUUGAUAUCCAUGGGAGGUGAAUUUAAGGGCUUGUAAAGGACAGUAGUGGAUACAGGGAAUUUUUAUUGGGUGGGUGGGGUGGGUGCAGAGAUAUGCUACGUUAUAUUUAGGGGGGGGGGGAUCUAACUUGUUGUGACGAGGGGGGGGGAUCAAAAUUUGUGUGACCUCAUUUAUGAAUGGCCCCUAAGGAGUAGGCCGCCUUCUAAUGAGGCACUCUUUAAGGAGUCCAAAGUGAAGUUUGAGUUUUUAUAGUGAUCUGUAAAAUUAGGUACCUGAUCAUUUGAUUUUUUAAAAUAAUCUGAACAUAUCCCAUUUGGUUUAUGGUGCAUAUUUAUUUAUAUUUUGACAGGUUAAUGUCAUUGUAAAGUGGGAGCUUCAAAACAAAGCAGGACAAGAUGUUUUCUGUGCUUUGAUUCCAGCAACAAUUACCAGCUAAUGCAUAAUAAUUUAAUGAGCACAAUUAGAUUAGAGCAUCUGUAAAGACCCUUUAUCUUUAAUAGAGACUGGUAAAACUGUAUCUUUUACUUAUGCAAUCUCAAGUUCAAGGGUCAAAUUUUCUUGAGCUUGAACUUGAAUGCUUGAUACUGUUGAAAUGAUUUUGAAAUGAAUUAAUCAACUGUGGCCUUAACACCUGUUUUGUGUAUUUUUAUUUCUGCCACUCCUUGUACCAUCAAUACCAUCAUUAAUUUUAACUUUCAUUUUUGCUUUCAAGCAAAAUAUAGGCUACCAUUUGUAAUACAAAAAUGGGAUACUUAGCUGUUAUUAUUAAAUUUCUUUUGAUAAAAAAGUAGCCUGCUAUCAAUUUAAAAAGCCAUUCCAUUUCAAUUAAUUCUGAUAUUAUAAGUUGGUGUCAUAUAUUUGGUAUGAAUUUCAUUAUUCACCCAGCUCACUUUUUCAGUAGUAAAUUUUAAGAUCUAAGUCAUAUAAUUUUGUUUUUGAAUGAGUAAUCUCACCUGUGACACUACACAAUUUAAAUCUCUCUGGUAAUUUACUUACACUGACCUGUUUUCUGUUCCUUACUUUCUUUUUAAAGAUAAUUGCUUUAUCAUUUUAUUACAUGGAGUUUCUGUUGAAAUUUAGCUGAGAUUUUAUUAGAUUAAGGAUUUACAAUAGAUACUAUAAAAUGUAAGAAUUUUGCAAAAUGUUUCUUAAAUAAAGGGCAGCUAAUCUUACUAUCAACCCACUUGAUGUCACUUAUUUAAAAAUACUUUAUAUUAACUUGGCUUUUUUUGGUGUAUUUCUUUCUGGGUUUGUGGCAAAAUCUUUGGAAGGCUUACUGUACUAAAUCCUAUCAACCUAUCGAGCUGAAACUUGGCACAUAAACUCAUUGCAGAUAAUACAUUCUUUCAAAUUUUCAGCCCAACCCCAAAAAUCAGAUUUUCCUGUUUUCCAAGGGGAAGAUGAAGGAAAUAUGAUGCCACUGAUUUUGCGAAAUUAAAUUCCAGAUAACUGUGCUUAGAUGAGAUUCUUAAAAAAAAAAUUAAAAUAUCACAAGUGCCUUUAGUGUGAAAUAUUUUCUUUUGUUGUUUUUCUGAAAUUGUUGGUGUAAUAAAUCUGUAUUGGGUGGGACAUUAGAAUAUUAAUAUAAAAUAAUAAAAAAAAUGCAUAUAGAAAUAGAAGAUUUAUACAAAGAACUGUUUUAGGGUUUGUUUAAUUUCUUUCAUUAUCUCAAGUCAGUUUUUAAAUAAAAUCUACCUUUUUAAAAUUAAAAAAAAAAUGUGCACAUAAAGUUUUUACAUUUACUUUCCUUGCAUAGAUUCUUUUUCAAUUUGUUAUUAAAAUGUACCUUAUGACUGAAAGUUUUUUUUCUUUCUAUAGUUGUACAUUUUCUGCUACUGUAACUUAUUUUGUCUUCUUUGCUUUGUAAUGGUUUAAAACAUUUUUUUAAAAAGACAUGUACCAGCAUACAUUAAACAUUUUUUAUUAAUUUUAUUUUAUAAAAUUUGAGAAUAUAAGCUCCUCAAUACAUUGCAAUGGAUAUCUCUUUUGGACAGAGUAUUAUGAAACAUUCUUUAAAAUAAUAAAGUAUAGAAAAAUAACAUGUUUUAACCUUGCUUAAUUUAAUAAUGACUUCCUGAAUUUUGUUAAAUAGAUGUAUAUUUUUUGUACUGUUAUCUUAAAAGCAAUUAAAAAAUUAACUUUAAACAAAAAAAUAUAUAUUAAGUUUCCUCCUUUGGUUUUGAAACAAAGAAAUUUUAGUAUUUUAAUGUAAGCUGAUUGACUUAGUGGUUGAAAAGUGGAACAAAAUUCCUUUAGUCUACUCAAAGAGAGGUGCUCUUUUCCCACACUAGUUGAGUUAAACUAGGACAGCUGUUUUAAACUUGUCAUUGCUACACAUUAAAAAAUAUCUUUGAGCAUCUCUACCUAUUAACUCAGAAUUUAAAAAUAAAUUAAUUUUAUAUUAAUUUGUAAAAAGUUAUUGAAAAAUAACUUUACUUGUCUUGUGUUUCUAUUAACUCGGUCUUCAUUAACUUUAAAGAGAGGCUGUAAUAGUACACACAUUUGGUGACUUCUGGCACUCUGAAAACUGCAGGGUGACUCGAUGUAUCCUCAUUAUUCUUUUUAAAUUGGAUAGAAUCAUUGCUUUGGACUAUCCACCAUAAUUAAACUUACUAUUUGCAGGCCCAUUGGGAAGUGAUUGACUCCAUUUAUAUCUCAAAAGAAAACUUAAUCACAAAGCUAAUCCACUGAAAAACAAGGAGCAAAUAAAACCUUAAAUUUAGCAUAAUUCUAUAUUUGACAGGACACAUAAUAAAAAGAAAUAGACAAUAAAAACUGUUUACUGAUC